UUUGUUUCCACUCCGCUACAAACAGUUCUAUCCGGCCAUGGCUACUCCCUCUGCUGCCCUGGCUUUUUUCUUGCUUUUCCUGCCAACUAUCCUUGCAAUGCCCAAUGCGACUGCUCCACUUCAGACUUCCCCGUGUGCUUGUCCAAGUGAAACUAGCUUGCACUUUUACCUACACCAGUUUCUUGGUUUACCAAACCGCCCAAAUCGCAAUGAGGAAUUUGUGGUAGCCCCUCCAAACCCCUUUACACCAGGGUUUGGCACUAUAAUCGUCCAUGGUUGGACUUUAACCAGAACAACAGACCCGAAUGGUACUAUCAUCGCCCGUAUGCAAGGCACACACAUCCAAGCUGGACCAGCAACUGGCAACAGCUGGCACAUCUCUUCAAGCAUAGUGUUUGAGUCUGGCAGGUUUGCCGAGUCUACACUUCAGGUGAUGGGGACAUUAAAUGGCAUCAUAAAUAAGUGGUCUAUUGUCGGUGGGACCGGAGAAUUUACAAGGGCGACGGGUAUUAUCGACUUUAAAAAAGACCCAGCUUCUACCACGGAUGACACCAUUAGAGAACUUAAUAUCCGCAUAUUCCACUAUGCAGAUGUUGCAAGCGUUCAGGCUCAGUAAGCUACAUGCACCUCUGUGGCAAAACUAUGUGGGCGGGGACUAAGUGCUUAAAAAAUAAUGCGAGCUAUGGAUCAUCGUCAUGUGAUAUCAAGUGCUCAAUCGUGGAAUUUUCUAGUUAAUUCUAGUGAUAUCAAUGUCUUCUUUUAUGCUGCGAGAUGUGUGGACUGCCAGCUUUCAUAUAUUUCCAGUUCAAAUAAGGCUUGGGUUUCUAGCAUGGGAUCAUCGAUCCUAAUUCCAAGGCCCAUUCGUCCAUUGUUUUAUAUGUAAUGUGUGAUCAUUGUGUACUUUGUGUAAUAUGAUAUUCCUCUGCUC